AAAAAAAAAGAAGAAGAAGAAGGGGGAGAGAGAAGGAGAGAUUGCCUUGCCUUCUAAUUUCUCCCUCUCCAGCCACAGAACAAUGUCGAUGAGCCCUAAGCAUACGACUCCUUUUUCUGUUUCCGAUAUCUUGAGUCCCCUUGAGGAGAGCUAUAAGAAAGUAAGUAUGGAGAAUAACAACUUGGGGGCACCUCUCACUUCUUACCGGCAGCCGCAGGUCUCUCAGGCGGCGAUGCAGCAGCACCACAUGGGCCAUAAUGGGACUGUGUCUGCGGCUUACCACAUGACUGCGGCAGGUGUUUCUCAGCUGUCACACACUGCUAUGGGAGGCUACUGUAACGGCAACCUGGGCAACAUGGGCGACCUGCCUUCUUACCAGGACGGCAUGAGGGGCAGUGCCACGGCCACCGGCUGGUACGGAGCCAAUCCAGACCCGCGUUUCUCCACCAUUUCACGCUUCAUGGGCUCGUCGUCGGGUAUGAAUAUGGGCAGCAUGGGCAGCCUCAGCUCCCUGGACGUGAGUAAGGGCAUGGGAUCCCUGUCGAGCACCCCGAGAAGGAAACGGCGAGUGCUUUUCUCCCAGGCGCAAGUCUAUGAGCUGGAGCGACGCUUCAAGCAGCAGAAAUAUCUAUCGGCACCGGAAAGAGAGCACCUGGCCAGUAUGAUACACCUCACUCCGACCCAGGUGAAAAUCUGGUUCCAGAAUCACCGGUAUAAGAUGAAGCGGCAGGCUAAAGACAAGGUCUCGCAGCAGCAGCUGCAGCAGGACAGCGGUUCCUGUCAGCAGCAGCAGCAACAGUCCCCGCGGAGGGUGGCUGUGCCGGUGCUGGUAAAAGACGGCAAGCCGUGCCAAGGCAGUGGUCACACGCCCACGUCCUCCGUGCAGACGCAACAUCAGCAAGGGGGCAAUGUCAUGAUCAUGUCCAACAACACGUCCGGCCUCGCGCAGCAUCAGAGCCAGCAGGUGGGAAGCACGGGUCACUCUCCAGACUUGGCACCGCACUCCUCCAGUCCACCCUCUCUGCAGAGCCAAGUGGCCGGCCUUUCACACCUCAACUCCCCCGGCGCAGAGUAUGGCUCGGCCUUGCAGUGUUCAGCCCUGUUGUACGGCAGGACGUGGUGACAUGAGGCGCAACCUAUCCUUUAAAUCUCAUUCUAUUUAAGGUCAAAUCACUUUUUCCUCUGUCAAGACUUGACAAUUUUAUUUGUAAAUGUGCGCAUUUGAACAAAAGAGCAACUGAAAUGGGUGCGACCUCUUCUUGAAAUUUCGCCCUUUGAAAGGAAACUUGACUUGUGUGGAAGAAAUACUUUUUUUUUCCAAUAAUUGCGGAUGUGACAUUCUUGGGAUUUAUUUAUGUAAUUGUAUUAAGACUAACAGAAGAUUCAGUAGUCAAAUAGUUGGGGGAAACUGAACCUGUUCAUGAACAUAGACACAUAUACAGUACUGGACUGCUGUAUAAUGACUGCUGGGAAACUCCCCACCGAUGAUGACUCUGAUUUAUAAUAGAAAUUCAUGUAAGCCGUAGACCUAGCUUGUAUAUUUCUGUAAAAGGUUUGAAUUUUAGCUAUUUGUUGUACAAAAAUUUUGACGCCAUUGCCGGUUUGUUGUCGUUUUAUUGGUAUUUGUAUGUUUUAUUUCUUUGUAACUUAUAUAGAUAUUUCACUUACUACAAAAACAGUCAUUAUAAUAAAUUAUGGAAACAAGA